CUACUUUUUAUUGUUUAGAAUUUUUAUUCAUAUUUUAUAUUAUAAGUCAUUUAUAGUCAUUUUACACAACCUCUUAUAUUAAAAAGCACUUCUAAUAGUUUUACAGCCAAACACUCAACUGCUUUUUUUUUUAAAGUAGUUAUCUAAAAGCUUCAGCCAGAAGCUGCUUAUGUAAAAGCUAUGCAAAAGCUACACUAAGCUUAUAUCAUAUAUCAUAUGAUUGAUUUUUGUUUCUUCGAAUGCUAAUGCAAUAUUUUGAUGGUUUAUUUGAUGACAUAACUCAGUCUGUCAAUCAUGUGAUAAUUCUACGGUCAUCUCACGUGUGUUUUCUUAAUUGAUGAGGUAAUACUUAAUUAUUGACAAAAAAUGUGUCAAAAUUAAAAAAUGACAUCAAAAUAGUCUUAAUAGGUAGACCGAAUUGUCGCCCCAGCCCAGGUGCCCAUCGACGGUCCAAAUCAAAUUCGUAACCUAAUUGGGAAAGGAAAGCCCAUCUCUCUACCCACCAACCCAAACAGAUGCGACUCCCUGUCUGUAGUCUGUACGUAAAUUGGCACUUUCGACUCUGCCCACUUAAUUACAAUUAACAACAAUGAGAUCCUUUACCGUCGCCGCCACAGUCCGACCGCUGUCAUCGCCGGAGUCCAUGGAUCCAGCUCAGGUGUCGGGCGGGAGUUAUGGUGGUCCUCAUCAUUCUUGCCGUUAUCUCACUGGAGUCGGCGUGGGCUUAUUUUAUUUGUUCGUUCUCCACCUGGUUCACGGCGGGCCCAAGCGGCAGCAAGAAGGAGGAGACGUCGAAUGGGAGUCGUGGUCCCGUUUUCAUGGCCACGCCCAGGGGCGGAGCCAGGAUUCAGAAGUCGGGGGGCCGAAUUUUUUUCCAUAGGAUCGUCAAAAAUUAAAACAAUAACAAUAUAUGAUAUGACCAAAAUUUAUUAGUGUUACCGUGCAUACAUUAUUUAAGAUAAUUAAAAAAUCUAAACAUAUGAUAUGAACUAUAUUUUUUUGUCAGUAUGUUCAAGAUAAAUAAUAAACGACAAAGAAAAAACUAAUCUUUCUUUUUUAACCUUUACCAUGUUAUUCUUUGUUAUUGUAAUUGAACAAUAAUUGUAUAUGCAUAUUAGUAUUUGCAAAAUAAAAUUGAUAUUUAAGA